AUCAGCAAUGGAAAUUCACUUCAUUUCUCUCCUACGACAUCGUGUGUUCUCUAGGUUCUCCGAACAAUUUAGGAAUACCACAAAAAUUUCAAUAUAAAAGUUUUCAGUGCAGAACGAAGCUCGAAAAUGUCCGUAAAAUUAUCUCUGCUGAUGAUGGUAGCUGCUACUGUUGUGGUUUCGAUGAUUGCACUCGCUGAGGCUCAAGCUCCAGCGAAACCUACAUUCGAGGAGCUGGUGAAAGAACGGGAAGCUACAACGUUGCAUGCUCUAAACAUGAUGGUUGCCAGUUCCACCGCUCCGCAACAGGUGAAAGAUGCAGUGCUUGCUAGUGCCCAGGAACAAUUGGCCAACUGCGUCGAGCAGGCUUCGGUUGUGGCCAAUCAAGGACAAUUCUAUGCCUGUACCGGUUUGGUACUCCGGAACGCGGCCAUGGCACUCAAUGGUCAUUCAUCUUCUGGUGCAGGUUCGAUCAACUAAGUGAUGAUGGAUCAGUUAUUCUUAUAUGUGAAAAAAGGGUAUAUGGAAAAAGAGAUUGAAUUUACAAGUAUUCAUAAAAAUAAAGAUUUUGCCGAUCAGAA